AUGUCAAAGCUCUCAGAAUCUCAUCAAGUAGUGCUUCCAAGGAGAAGACUACGUCGUUUGGCGAGCAGGAUCGUCGGUCUUGCACCUCCCAUAAAACCUUCGGAGACGUCACAACAUCCUAUCCGGGUUGUCUGCAUCUCUGAUACUCACAACAGCCAGCCGGACCUUCCUCCAGGAGACCUUCUACUUCAUGCAGGCGACCUCACCGAAUGGGGUUCAUUCGCAGAAAUCCAGGCCCAGUUAUCGUGGCUUUCGGCACAGCCGCACACGCACAAGCUCAUCAUCGCGGGCAAUCACGACGUGCUCUUUGACUCGGCGUUCCUGGAGUCGGAGAAGGAGCGAUUUCCCGUGAAAGACGGCCAGACUAGAGCAGAUCUGGACUUUGGUUCUGUGACAUAUCUACAAGAUGAGGCAAAAGCCCUGCAGUUUCCGGCACUAGGCCGUUCAUGCACGAUAUACGGCUCUCCAUGGACACCAAAAUAUGUCAAGUCAGCUUUUCAGUAUUCUCGGGAGGACGAUAUCUGGUCUGAGAAGAUACCUAACGACGUCGACAUCGUUCUCACCCAUGGUCCUCCGCAUGGGCAUCUGGAUGGUAGCCGUCGCUCUGGAUGCCACUAUCUUGCGAAAGCGAUCACAGAGCGACGUCCAAGCCUCGUGGUCUUUGGGCACAUCCACGUGGGCCACGGAAAGGAAAUCGUCAGAUUCGAUUCUCUCAGAAAUAUCUACGAAGAUGUCGAGCGCGACUGGAGCGGCUGGGAAAUGAUCCCCAUCAUGAUCAUGCUUCUGCUCUGGGCAAGACAGUCCACUGCCGUGACCAAGAUUCUGAGUAUCAGAAGGCCCGAGCGUCUCACCCAGCUCAUCAACGCUGCUAUCGUCGGAGAGGGAAAUCGACCUUGCAAUGAGGCCAUGGUCGUCAACAUCUGA